AAUUAUAUAAGAACUUGCUUGUAUAGCUGUUAUCAAUAUAUCCACACUGUUGCCCCCCAUUACUCUCCACCUCUAUUUUUAUAUCCUUUUCCAUUAUUGCACAUUGUUGAUACCCAUAAGAAAACUGUAACUUCUCUAUUUAUUAAUUAUCUCUUUUUUUUGUUUUUAAUAUUCUUCUAUCAUAUAUAUAAACAGAGCAAUCCCAAGUAACCCCCAAAUACCCAUCUUGUUUUCAAUCUCCAAAGAUGAAGAAUUUAUAUCUAGUUGUGGUAUUGCUUGCUUUGGUUCUCAGCAUUGCUGAGAGCUUUGAUUUCCAGGAGAAUGAAUUGGAAUCAGAAGAUAGUUUGUGGGAUUUGUAUGAGAGGUGGAGGAGCCAUCACACGGUUUCUCGCAGCAUUGAUGAGAAAAACAAGCGUUUCAAUGUGUUCAAGAAGAAUGUCAAGCAUGUCCAUGAAACUAACAAGAUGGACAAGCCAUAUAAGCUGAGGCUUAACAAGUUUGCAGAUUUGACUAACCAUGAAUUCAAGACCAUGUAUGCAGGAUCCAAGAUCAAGCAUCACAUGAUGUUCCGUGGAGCACCAAGUGGAUCAGGGAGCUUCAUGUAUGCCAAUGUGGAGAACGUACCUGCCACAGUCGAUUGGAGGAAGAAAGGUGCAGUCGUUGCUGUCAAAGACCAAGGCCAAUGUGGUAGCUGCUGGGCGUUUUCAACUGUUGUGGCAGUUGAGGGCAUCAAUCAGAUUAAGACCAAGAAGCUUGUAUCUUUGUCUGAGCAAGAAUUGAUAGACUGUGAUACCCAACAGAACCAAGGUUGCAAUGGAGGGCUCAUGGAGUACGCUUUUGAGUUCAUUAAGAAAAAGGGAGGCAUAACUACUGAGUCUAAUUACCCUUAUAAAGCUGAAGAUGGAAGUUGCGAUGCGUCGAAGGAGAAUGCUCCAGCAGUGUCAAUUGAUGGGCAUGAGAGCGUGCCAGAGAACAAUGAGGAUGCACUGCUUAAGGCUGCAGCAAAUCAACCUGUAUCCGUGGCCAUAGAUGCUGGAGGUUCAGAUUUCCAGUUCUACUCUGAGGGAGUAUUUACCGGAAAAUGUGGAACAGAGCUGAACCAUGGAGUGGCAGUUGUUGGGUAUGGAACAACUCUUGAUGGAUCCAAGUACUGGAUUGUGAGGAACUCCUGGGGAGCUGAAUGGGGAGAGAAGGGUUACAUCAGGAUGCAGCGUGGAAUCUCCCACAAAGAAGGUCUCUGUGGCAUUGCAAUGGAGGCUUCAUAUCCCAUCAAGAAAUCUUCCACCAAUCCUAAGCCAUCUUCUCCCAUCAAGGAUGAACUAUGAAAAACAUUUUAGGAUCGACUUUCAGCUUUGCUAUCAUUUUCAGAUUUUUCCUUCCAUCAAAAGUUCCAUCAUGAUGUACUCUUGAAGAAAUAAUACAUCUGUCAACGAAUUGAUGCCAA